AAAGGUUUUGGAAUCUGAUCACCAAGGUGCUAUUCAAUGUUCAACCCAGCGGUGGGAAGCACCCAGCACAGAGGAACAGUGCCAGAACCGAUACUCUCAAAACGGAACAGAACGAAAAGGAAUGGAUGAGUUAUAAUAAUUCGGAGCACGUUUCUAAGUAAGUUGAAGUAGUUGUUUAUUAUUAUUAUUAAAAUUGUAUCAUUAGGCUAAUGUAAUUAUUAAAUUUACUUUUUUUUUCAAGGUAUGGUUGGAGGAGAAUAGGAAACAUGGAGAUAGUCAGAGUAGUAAAGGUGGGGUUGGGUGGAGAAUGGGAGAACAUGGAUGUAGCAAAGACGGGUGUAGGGCUGGGUAGAGAAUUGGGAAGAUAGGGGUAAGAAAAGUGUGGGGGGUGGUUGAAGAAUUGUAGAACAUGGAGGUAGGAAGGGCGGGGCUGGGUAAAUAAUAGGGAACUUGGAGCUAGGAAAAUUAAAGAAGUGAAGGUAUACAUCUCGCGUCAUUCAUCUAUAUAUAUAAUUCCCCAAAAAAGGUCAAACACCACUACGCAGGCUGUAUAUAGAUACUCCAGAGUGUAGUUAAAUAAUGAGUUCACUAGCACGCAAAAUAUAAUUCCCGAUAACUACGCUAAAUGACAUAUAUAUAUAUAUAUAUAUAAUAACGCAAUUGACUUUGGUGCGUAAUAUUUUCUUUUCGGAAAUGAAAUCGUCUCAAUUUAAGAAUUGUGUACAAAAUAUUCGGUUUAAAAGUGGUUGGGACAUGAGAAUAUUAAUAUAGUUCAUGAGAGUGAAAUAAAAAGUGUGCAGUGACGUGUCAUGGGGGAAGGGGUGUAGCAAAUAUUGGAAUUUUCAAAUGUGCGUUACUUGAGUUCAUGUUUUGUCAAGUAACUUUACUAGAUGGGAAGUUCACGCCGCCAAUGUUUGGUGGGCUCUAUCUAGUAAACCAUAAUAGGUCAGAGAAAUUGUUGAACUUAAUGGUGAUAUCGACCGAUGGAUUGAGUGUGUUGAAUUAAAGAAUAAAAAAAAAGCCUAUCUAAUGAGUACUAUCGAAAUUUGAGUCAGUAAACUAUGUACAUCAUGUGUCGUUGCAUAUUGAGCUUGACCUGUAACAAAAUAAAAUGAGUAAAACAGAGUAUGGUUAAACCUGACAAAUUAAACGUAACAAAACAGCGAACGUGUCGGCAGAAAGCCUUCGUCAGCGAACAAAACAACAGAAAAAACGUUAUAAAAAUAAGAAAUAGCACUUAGCUGGUAAGUAGUAUCUGUGGGCACACUUCUAUUGCUGCCCACAGAUACUACUUACCAGCUAAGUGCUAUUUCUUAUUUUUAUAACGUUUUUUCUGUUGUUUUGUUCGCUGACGAAGGCUUUCUGCCGACACGUUCGCUGUUUUGUUUAGAUACUACUUACCAGCUAAGUGCUAUUUCUUAUUUUUAUAACGUUUUUUCUGUUGUUUUGUUCGCUGACGAAGGCUUUCUGCCGACACGUUCGCUGUUUUGUUACGUUUAAUUUUUCAGGUUUAACCAUACUCUGUUUUACUCAUUUUAUUUUGUACUAACCUGAUUGCAGUCUCUCCCCUUAUUACCCCUUGACCUGUAACAAUAGUUUUUCUCUUUUUGUCUCCCCUCCGUCAGUUCCCUUUCGUCACGCGAACUCACGCCAGUUAUUACCCAUGUUUACAACAUACAGCACGCAGAGACUGUAGCUUCUGACUGUCAGGUCAUAACAGGUCACGUUCUUUACCACACGCGAAAUAUUCACUGGUCAUGUGGACGGAAGGACACGAUGAAACCACCAACAGUAGCUUACACGAAAGAGAAGGGGAAGAUGGACGGCGACAACAAAAGACGGACAACCCCUUCAACCCGUCAGAUAAAACAAAUGAGCGGCGACAACAGCAGGCCGACAACCCCUUCAACCAGUCAGAUAAAACAAAUGGGCGGCGACAACAGCACACGGACAACCCCUUCAACCAGUCAGAUAAAACAAAUGGGCGGCGACAACAGCACACGGACAACCCCUUCAACCAGUCAGAUAAAACAAAUGGGCGGCGACAACAGCACACGGACAACCCCUUCAACCAGUCAGAUAAAACAAAUGGGCGGCGACAACAGCACACGGACAACCCCUUCAACCAGUCAGAUAAAACAAAUGGGCGGCGACAACAGCACACGGACAACCCCUUCAACCAGUCAGGCAAACCUAAGACACCAAAAGGUCCCAUUACAAGACUUAGUAAAAGAGUGUGAAGUGGUUGACUCCGCUCAUCAAAGAAGAGACAAUAUAACAAAAGGAAAAGAACGGGGGAAGAAACGCAUGAGAGUCGUUAGUUCGGUGGCAGACGUGCAUGAACUGAAUGGAAAUGAAUGUACUGUUCAUAAGAAGAGACGAACAUAUGUAAAGCAGUUGUUAUAGCACGUGUGUUGACCUAAUUUUGCUUCAACGUAGAGCUGUAACGUUCAGCACUUAUCUCCCCCAUUUUUGUUUUGAUGCUGACAUCACAGAUUAAUUGUGUAGCGCUCUAACACUACCCACCCCUCCCUUGAUUGGAAAAAGUUUGUUUACGUUCAAAUUUGUUUCAAAACGAAAGGUAGAGUGAAUAAGCGUGGGGGAUGCAAUUUUCAAAAAAUUAUUUUCUGGAGGGCUCUAAUUCCCCCCCCUCCCCCCAACCCGCCUUUUAAUAAGUUGACAGCUUUCCCAGCAUGGACCAGAUUUGCGAGUUUUCCUUGACACGAGACAGAUUACGAGACUUAUCAAACUUACAGGAGCCCUACAAGACUUAUUAGAUUUUUCCUUGUGAGAGUGUGGAUUAAAAUUCUAGUAUUCUACUUGUUUAAUUUGCUGUGCUGUAAGGUUAUCUAGUUUUUAC